AGAUGGCAUUAAAGCGUAUUUUGAAGGAAUUGAAGGAUUUGCAGAAUGAUCCUCCUGUCUCAUGCAGUGCAGGUCCAUUAGGAGAAGAUAUGUACCAUUGGCAAGCUACUAUAAUGGGGCCUGUUGAUAGUCCUUAUGCUGGAGGUAUUUUCCUGGUGAACAUUCACUUUCCUCCAGAUUAUCCCUUCAAACCACCAAAGGUUUCUUUCAAGACGAAAGUCUUCCAUCCAAACAUCAACAGCAACGGGAGCAUCUGCUUGGAUAUCCUCAAAGAGCAGUGGAGCCCUGCCCUAACCAUUUCCAAGGUGCUGCUGUCAAUCUGCUCUUUGUUGACGGAUCCAAAUCCUGACGACCCUCUUGUUCCGGAGAUUGCUCACAUGUACAAGACUGACAGAGCCAAGUAUGAGACAACAGCCCGCACUUGGACCCAGAAAUAUGCUACCAACUGAACUGAAGGUGGUUCAACCUUGCUGUGGGAACUGCUGAUGGUUUAAACUUUAAACCCCCUCCUUCCCUUGCCCUUUUUUAUUUCAGUUCCUGUCUCCUGCUAUUGCUUAAGAAAUUUUUUUUUUCUCAUUAUUAGCUGUCUUGAAAUGUGGAAAAAUAAUGGUCAGCAGACUUGAGAACUUGUAGAUAUUUUGCAUACUGUGAGGCUGGUUGUGUAUGCCAAAAGGAUUACGUUUCGAUGGUAUUGUGUUGUUACUGC